AAGUGGCACAUUCGGGUAUUAGCUGUCAUUUGUGGGUGUCAUCAACUUGCUAACUACUGUUUUUUCAAUGUGUUCCAAACGAAAUGGUUGCUAACCAAGGCAGUGGUGACUAACUGUUACGGCUCUGUCUCGGAUAGAUGCUAACGUUAGCUAACGGUCCUAGCGUCAUUGUUAGCACUGAUUCAGCAGCACAGACAGUUGGUCAUGCUUACCAAGGGUUAGGGGUGACAUUUAAUGUUAGCAAUAUUGUCUCUCCUCAUUAGACCCCCAUACUUGCAUGCUAACUGACCCAGUUUUUUGCUAACAAGUUGACAACCUAAUGGUAAAGCUCGUUAAUUUGCGUUACCUGUAGCUGGCUGGUGUUAUUGUUAGCUUAACUAGCUGGUGUAUUAGAUAGAAAGCGUAGAGUAUAGCUAAGGCUGCGUUAGUUCUGUAGCAAAUAGAUUUGACAUGUGUGCUCUUGGACUUAACAUUGCAUAAUGUAGCCAAAGUUGCUUAAGCUAACGUUUACAUUAUCGGGUUGGCAAAUCGGCGCCAAUAACAGAGUAGUUUGAUUUCAGGUCAAUCUCAAGCCGGUCUCAGUUUGCUUAUUUUGUGAGCUACCCGUCAAAGCUCGGCUGCUAAACGUUUUUUCUGUUUUGUUUUUUUUUUACAUAAAGGUAAUAUUAGCUAACGUUGUUAUCAGGAACUAUAUGCACCAGCAGCUCAUACCUAUGUCGAUAUUUUCGACGUUCAGGACUUAAAGUAGCGCAAUGCGUAUUUUGUUAAUGGCUUUCAACUUUUUAAUGAGUCAGCUAGUCUACUGUAAGCAAACUGCAAAACCGCAUGGAACUACCACAUGGUUGUCCUAGGAAGAAAUGUGAAUAGCGCUUUCAGAUGGUCAGGGCAGUAUGGUGCACAAAAGGGCCUUCCAGCUGAUAUUCUGCCCCUGACUCUACUCGAGAGGGGAAAGAUCGUCGGAUCUCAAGUACCAGAUUGCCCGCUGAACUUUUUGCUUCUCAGACAGAUCACCAGGGACCAUGCUGACCAUCCUAGCUGCUGGGUCUGUGUUCUUUCCAGGCCUUUUCCUGCUGUCCAAGCAAUGCCUGAAGUCCAUCCCAGCACUGAGAUGGAGCGAAGGAGAUGCAGUCAUUGUGUCUGCCAGGUUGGUGUCGUCAGUUCAGGCAGUCAUGGCUUCCUCAGCUGGCUACAUCAUUGCUUCUUCCUGCGAGGACAUCAUCGAGGACCAGCACUGGCUGACUAGCACUUACAUCAUGUUUGCUGUUCCCUACUUCGUGUAUGACAUCUACGCAAUGUUCAUGUGCUACUGGUACAAGCUACGAGUCAAAGGGCACGAGGAGGCCUCUGCAGCACCGCAGCACAUGAGCUCAGCACUGACCAGCUACUUGCGUCGCGAGUUCCUCAUGGUGCUGCACCAUGUUGUCAUGGUCACCGUCUGCUUCCCCGUCUCUGUGUUUUGGCGGCAAGGAAGGGGAGAUUAUUUCCAGGGUAUAAUGUUCAUGGCUGAGCUCAGCACUCCAUCUGUCUGCUUAGGAAAAAUCCUUAUCCAGUACAAACAGCAACACACUCUCCUGCACAAAGUGAAUGGGGCUCUUAUGCUGAUCACUUUUUUCAUCUGUCGAGUCCUCCUCUUCCCUUACCUCUACUACGUCUAUGGAAGGUACGCCUCCAUCCCCUUCCACAUGGUUCCCUUCACAGUGCCAUGGCACUGUAACCUCGGUGCUGCUCUGCUCAUGGCCCCCCAGCUGUAUUGGUUCUCCCUAAUUUGCAGGGGCGCUCUGCGACUAUUCACGGGCUCCUCUCGCUCUCAGAGACCACGCCCGCCCACAGCCGCACCAAAGGAGCAGCAGACGGAUGGCAGUGCGCUGCCCCAGCCUGCCAAUGGCUACAGCACGCGCUCCACAGAGCCUGAGCUGGCCACUCACUGAGAAGAGUGGAGGGGAGGGUGGGGAGGGAAGGAAGGCGAAUGUACCAAUGAGUAUGUAAAGGAAAGAAAGCUGAGGGAAAAGUGAGACUUGAAACAAGUAGCAAUAUGAAGAAAGCUACAGACGAUGGCCUCAAAUAGUGCUGAAGUCUUUGUGGCCAGCACUCAAACAGCUAAAUGAUUUGGUUGCUGGCCUUCAAGUACUUCAGUUUCUCAGUUUGUAGGAAGCAAAUGGAGUGUUAGGACACUCAGUAUUUACAGAUGUCAUCAGGCACUGUGACAGACAGGAACAUGCACUGACCUGAGAGGAAUUUGCCUGGAUGUAUAGGAAGCAUAGGUGGCUAUUUCCCUCAUGUAGAUCAAAUUCAGUCCUCUCUGCCUCAUGGUACGGGAAGAGCAGGAAAAUAGGAAUGUAUUAUAUUGUAUGUUAGUACAUUUGCUGUAGAUGGAAGGCCUAAUUCAGUUUAGUAAUGAAGAAGACCUUCAAAAAAGAAAAAAAAAUCCCGGCUAAGCAGUAUUUUGACUUGUUAGUGUUUAUUAUCUGUAUCCUCUAUGUAGUCACUGUCACUCUAACAAAAUGUAACCAACCUGCAGACUGACUCAUCUUUAGAAGGGAGAUAAUCUCAUAAGACUGUAUUCUGCUGCCUUAUCCCUUUUCCUCAUUCUUUGCAGUUUCUUUACGUUUUUAUUUAUUUUUAUCCUGGGAGGAGAAGGAAGAGGUUUUCCUCGGGCACAAAAAUGUGAUGGGUGUAUAUAGCUGAUGUAAAAUUGUCCUUAUUUCCAUGUCAGUAUUAGGUCAAUGUUGAUCCCCCACACACACACACACAUUUUUUAGGUUUUGUCUCAUUUCUGCAUUUGAUGUUUGAACAAUUACAUUUCAGCAUUAAAACAAAACAUUUCACAGUUUUACAGCUUAGUGUCCGCAGACUACCCCCAACGUUACUCCAGUGCUUCUCGUUUCAGUGUAGAUAUGACUUAAUUCCAUUUACUGGUAUCACAAAGUGUUUUUUGCAUACAAGGAAGUGAUGCACAGUAGCAGUCACUUUAAGCUGAAUUUACAUGUGUUGUUUUUUUCUUUUUCUUUUAGUUUGGUGCUGUUGUAAAUCUCAAAACAUCCAUUUGAUUGGCUGGAAUAUUUCACAAAGGGAUCCAUGAGGUUUGAGUAGUUUUAGCUUUGUUCGGGGACUUGAAAUGCUAGAGUUUGAAGGGAAACAAAAUCGAUCUUCUGGGGAAGCAUUCCUUUGUGAUUGACAUGCAGCACAUUUGUCCAUGGCAACUUAUUUUGAUGUUGCUCAUUUAUUUUUUAACCAUUAUUAAGUCUAUGAAUUCUUUUAACAUUGUAUGAAUUGCUCCGAUCAUUGAGCCAUGUAUUUGAGCCACUGGUUCUAUGAACCUUCUAUGAGCAUACUGGCUGAAUUUAUCAUUUUAUGUUUGUUUAAAGCAGCAACACUGUCCUGGAAAUGGGUCAAGAAAAAAAAAAAAUCAUAAAAAACAGCUCAGAAACCAUCAAGACAGGGCAGCGUGUGCCAAAACAUCUGGACAACUGUGGGCAUGUUGAACACAGAAUAUCCAUUCCCCUGUUCCAUGAAUUCAUAAGGUACUGCUUCUUGACAAUACUAAAACAUUUCAACUGAUGUACUGUAUAUUCCACAAAAUGCUCGUUAUUUAUUUGUAAGUAUUUAUUUAUUUAUUUAUUUGGUUUGUGGUUUUGAAUGCAUAUUUAUGCAUACAUAUUAUACUCUAUGCUUCUGAGCCUUAUGUGAAGGCUGUAUUGUUACUCAAACUUAGCUAAAAUAUACUUCUCUGUCCUGA